GAUCGAUCUCAGUAGUUUUUAAGAUAACGAGCUCCUGCGUCUCACUUACGUCAUUUCUUCUUGAGAAAUUAUGUCUAUAUCAUAAUUUCCCUCUUCAGUUGAUCUUAGCCUAGAUUUUUUUGUUCUGGAGUCUAAAAUUGUUAAGGUUUGCUUCCCUCAAAAAAUAAAAUAAUAAGUAAAAAGUAAAAAAAAAAUUGAAGUUUUAGGUUUGCAGUAUAUUACGUUUAUCAGAAGGUAUUUGCUGCGAUCUCUGAGGUGAAUCCGAUUUAGUGCUGGAUUGCCCUGAAAUGUGAGGGAUUUGCUCGUGAAAGUUGUAUAUUUUGUGGAACAUGAUCUGGAAGUUUGGUUUAGGUCGUUAAAGGACAGCUGAUGCGAUGUCUUCUCUCAGCAGAGAACUGGUUUUUUUGAUCUUGCAGUUUCUGGAUGAGGAGAAGUUCAAAGAGACAGUUCAUAAGCUGGAACAGGAAUCUGGUUUCUUCUUCAACAUGAAACAUUUUGAGGAUGAGGUUCAUAAUGGGAACUGGGAUGAUGUGGAGCGUUAUCUCUCUGGUUUCACAAAGGUUGAUGAUAAUCGGUAUUCCAUGAAAAUAUUCUUUGAAAUAAGAAAGCAGAAGUAUCUGGAGGCGUUGGAUAAGCAUGAUCGUUCAAAGGCUGUUGACAUACUUGUGAAGGAUUUGAAAGUCUUUGCCUCCUUCAACGAGGAGCUUUUCAAGGAAAUUACACAGCUUUUGACAUUGGAAAAUUUCAGGGAAAAUGAACAACUUUCAAAAUAUGGGGAUACAAAAUCUGCAAGGACUAUCAUGCUAGUUGAGCUUAAGAAAUUAAUUGAAGCAAAUCCACUAUUUCGAGACAAGUUGCAGUUUCCAAACCUCAAAAGUUCAAGGUUGCGCACCCUCAUUAAUCAAAGCUUGAAUUGGCAACACCAGCUAUGCAAAAAUCCAAGACCCAAUCCAGAUAUAAAAACCCUUUUUGUGGAUCAUUCUUGUAGCCAACCAAAUGGCGCACAUUCUUCAUCCCCAGCCAACAAUCCAUUGCUUGGAUCCAUGCCCAAAGCAGCAGGUGGUUUUCCUCCGCUAGGUGCACAUGGGCCUUUUCAACCCACGCCGACAUCAGUUCCUAUGCCACUUGUUGGUUGGAUGUCAAAUGCACCUGCUGUAACUCAUCCGGCAAUUUCCAGCGGACCCAUGGGACCAAACACUCCUAGCAAUCCCGCUGCAAUUUUGAAGCAUCCUAGAACUCCAUCCACCAAUCAGGUUGUUGAUUAUGCUUCUGGAGAUUCUGAUCACAUUUCAAAGAGGACUAGGCCUAUUGGAAUUCCUGAUGAGGUGAAUUUGCCAGUAAACAUGUUAGCAGUUUCUUAUGCACUGAACCACAACCAGGCAAUCUAUGCUUCAGAUGACUUACCUAAGACUGUAGCCCGAACACUAAAUCAGGGUUCAACUCCCAUGAGCAUGGAUUUCCAUCCUAUUCAACAAACUAUUCUCCUUGUUGGCACAAAUGUUGGUGAUAUUGGAUUAUGGGAUGUCGGAAGAAGGGAGAGAUUUGUCCAAAAGAAUUUCAAGACUGCUCUAGUUAAAGAUCCAGAUAUGUCAGUUAACCGCAUAAUAUGGAGUCCUGAUGGGAGUCUAUUUGGUGUUGCUUACUCAAAACAUAUUGUACAAAUAUAUUCCUAUCAUGGUGGUAAUGAUGUUAGGCAGAAUUUAGAGAUUGAUGCCCAUAUUGGAGGCGUCAAUGAUAUUGCAUUUUCAACCCCCAAAAAGCAACUAUGCAUAGUAACUUGUGGAGAUGAUAAGCUGAUUAAGGUGUGGGAUGCAACAACAGGGGCCAAGCAAUAUACUUUUGAAGGUCACGAAGCACCUGUAUACUCUGUUUGUCCGCAUCACAAGGAGUACAUUCAGUUCAUCUUUUCUACGGCAUUAGAUGGAAAAAUAAAAGCGUGGUUAUAUGAUAAUUUGGGAUCCAGAGUAGAUUAUGAUGCUCCAGGUCAUUGGUGCACAACUAUGGCUUAUAGUGCUGAUGGUUCAAGACUUUUUUCUUGUGGGACAAGCAAAGAAGGAGAAUCACACAUAGCAGAGUGGAAUGAAACUGAAGGGGCUGUCAAACGGACUUACCAAGGAUUUCGUAAACAUUCUUUGGGUGUUGUACAAUUUGACACAACCAGGAAUAGAUUUCUAGCAGCUGGAGAUGAAUUCUUGAUAAAAUUCUGGGACAUGGAUAACACCAAUCUCUUAACUACUACUGAUGCUGAUGGUUCUCUCCCAGCAAGCCCAAAGAUACGCUUCAACAAAGAGGGUACCUUUUUGGCUGUGUCUACGCAUGAUAAUGGAAUUAAAAUAUUGGCUAAUGCUGAUGGAUUACGUCUGCUACGGACAUUUGAAAACCGUUCCUUAGAUGUGUCAAGGACAGUGUCAGAAACCUUGACAAAGCCAAUUAUAAACCCAUUGUCGGCUGCCAUUACUACUGCUACCACUACGGUGACCUGUGCUACAAUGAAUGAUAGGCCUGCCACUGAAGGGAUUACAACUGGAUUGAUUGGAGAGAGCAGAAAUUUGGUGGAUGUAAAACCAAGAUUAAUUGAUGAGUCAAUGGAGAAAUCAAAGAUCUGGAAGCUCACAGAAAUAAGUGAUCCAGCUCACUGUAAUUCAUUGCAGCUAACGGAUAACCUGAGAGCAAUCAAGAUUCAAAGGUUAAUUUAUACAAAUUCUGGUGUUGCGUUGUUGGCUUUAGCAUCCAAUGCCAUUCAUCUUCUAUGGAAAUGGCCACGAAAUGAAAAAAAUUCUUCUGGAAAGGCAACAACAAAUGUUCCUCCUCAGUUAUGGCAACCGCCAAGUGGUAUAUUAAUGACUAAUGAUACAACAGAUACAAAGCCAGAAGAAGUGGUCCCUUGCUUUGCUCUGUCAAAGAAUGACUCUUACGUCAUGUCUGCAUCAGGGGGCAAAAUUUCUUUGUUCAAUAUGAUGACGUUCAAGACUAUGACAACAUUUAUGCCCCCGCCACCAGCUGCAACAUUUCUAGCAUUCCAUCCUCAAGAUAAUAACAUAAUUGCAAUUGGAAUGGAUGAUUCCACCAUCCAAAUAUAUAAUGUCCGAGUUGAUGAGGUUAAAAGCAAACUCAAAGGCCACACAAAAAGAGUUACUGGCCUCGCUUUUUCCCAUCCAUUAAACCUGUUGGUCUCAUCUGGGGCUGAUGCGCAGCUCUGUAUUUGGGGUAUUGAUGGCUGGGAAAAGCUAAGGAGCCGGUUUUUGCAAGUUCCACCAGGACGCUCAUCUAAUGUGGUUACGGAUACUCGUGUGCAGUUUCAUCAGGAUCAGAUUCAUUUCCUUGUUGUACAUGAGACACAGAUUGCUAUAUAUGAGGCUAAUAAGCUAGACUGUGUAAGACAGUGGGUGCCUCGGGAAUCUUCUCCUCCAAUCUCCCAUGCUACCUUUUCCUGUGACAGUCAACUUAUUUAUGCUAGUUUUCUGGAUGCUACUGUGUGCAUAUUUACUGCUGCAAAUCUCAGACUUCGAUGCAGAAUUAAUCCUGCAGCUUAUCUUCCAGCUGACGUUAGCUCAAAUAUCCAUCCACUGGUUAUUGCUUCCCACCCAUCAGAGCCAAAUCAAUUUGCAUUAGGCAUGACAGAUGGUUGCGUUCAUGUACUCGAGCCACUGGAAUCUGAGGGUAAAUGGGGUGUCGCCCCUCCUACUGAUAAUGGUUCAACAUGCAACAUGCCCUUAGCUACUCCAACUGGAACAUCAGCUUCAGAUCAGCAACGGUGAUGCGUGGAUGGUCUAUCUGGAUUUCUUAUUUCCUUCUUAUACUUGCCAAAUGUAGGCCUUCAAGCAGAGAUUGAGAUUUGUAGUGCUGCCUUUGGACGGCCUUUGGCAAACAGAUGGAGGUUGUAUCAACACAUUAUGAUGUUUAUUUGUUAAGGAAAGCUCUAGCCCAGCAUGUCAUACUAUGUUGGUUCCAAGUAAAUGUGGAUGAAUCUCUUAAAUUAAGCUUUUAAUAUUUAUGAGAAUUUGUUGCAGUGGGUAGUGUAAUGUAAAAAAAAAUGUACUGUGCUUUUGGAGCCAUGAUAGAACUAAGUCCCAGUUGACAAAAUAUCUGCCAAUUACUAUUGUGAUUUAAAUGGGAGUG